CUGGCCCAACAGGCGUGUCCUCCUGAGGGCCAAGCCGCAGACCAGGUGCUGGGAGCUGGCAGCUUUGUUGAUGCCCAGGAGCCUGUAAUUAAGGCAGGAUGAGCUGACAGCAAAUCGGCAGGAGAGACUGGUUCCGAGGCUUGACUCACCAAAGCUGGAUAGCGUCGUGUAAUCUCUAAAACUGGAGACCGGGGGUGAGAGCAACACAAACUACUUCAGGUAAAUGUAAGGCGGAGCUGGGAAUGAUGUCGCCUGAUGAGGGGACAGAAUGGCUUCUUCAGCUCCUCAGGGAGGUCCAGCUAGAACAGUUCUACCUGAGGAUUCGCGAUGAUCUCAAUGUCACCCGCCUCUCACACUUUGACUUUGUUAAGACUGUUGACCUGGAGCGAAUUGGAAUGGGACGGCCAGGACACAGACGUCUCUUUGAGGCUGUUAAAAGGAGGCGAUUGGGAAGCCGCCCCAAAUCCUGGAUGUCAAAGAUGUUCAGCGCAAGGGCUGGCGAUUAUGAUCACCAGGCAUCGUACGCGGGCGGCACCUCUUCGUCAUCCCCGGAGUCUGAGAUCGCCCCGAAGUGUCUGAUUAACGACAAGGACUUGGCUUUGUAUGAGCGGCUGGGGAAUGGCUCCUUCGGAGUGGUGAGGCGUGGGGAAUGGAGGCUGCCGAACGGCCGCAUUCUGAAUGUGGCUGUGAAGUGUCUGAGGUCAGACAUCUCGAAUGAGACGGACGCCAUGGCCGAUUUCCUACAGGAAGUGAAUGCGAUGUACGCUAUCAACCACCCACACCUCAUCCAGCUGUACGGAGUCAUCCUCAGUCACCCCAUGAAAAUGGUGACGGAGCUGGCACCCUUAGGCUCUGUCUACGACCACCUGAGGGCCAGACACGGUGCGUUCCCCAUCCACUGCCUGUGGCUCUACGCUGUGCAGGUGUGUGAGGGGAUGGAGUACCUGGAGUCCAACCGCUUCAUACACCGAGACCUCGCAGCCCGCAACAUCCUUCUUGCCUCCGAGGAGCUGGUGAAGAUCGCAGACUUCGGCCUGACACGCUCGGUGUCCAACUCCGAUCAUUACGUGAUGCAGGCUCAUCGCAAGAUCCCCUUUGCCUGGUGUGCUCCGGAAAGCCUGAAAUCCGGAACUUUCUCCCACGCGUCUGACGUCUGGAUGUUCGGAGUCGUGUUGUGGGAGCUGUUCUCGUACUGCGAGGAGCCUUGGAUGGGGCUGUACGGCCGAGAGAUUUUAAUGAUGAUCGAUCGGGAAAAGAAGAGACUGGAGAAACCAGUGGACUGUCCCGGGAAUAUUUACAGCCUGGCGCUGCAGUGUUGGUCUGCGGCUCCUGAAGAUCGCCCGAGAUUCAGCGCUCUCCAACCACUAAUGAAAGAGGCCCGGCCUGUGGAAGUGAGGGCUGUUCAGGAUUUCAGUGAGGCAGGGAAGCUGAAGAUGCAGAUUAACGAUCACAUCUCAGUUAUUGACGGACGGCCUGAGCUGGUUUUCUGGCGAGGACAGAACAAGCGGACCCUGCAGGUGGGCCUUUUCCCCCCAGGCUGUGUGGCCGCCUGUCUGAACCGCACCGGCCCCCACAUCAGUCCCCCGCUGCGGAGCAGCCUCAUCCACAUCGGACACGGAGACAUCGACCCUCGCCGCUCUUGGGGCUUCCCGGAUAAAAUCAACGAGAAGAUAUGGGGUUCCUCACCAGAGACCCACAACCCAAUCCAGCUGCUGAAGAUGUCGGGGCUCUCCCGAAGUCUGGACUCGAACGUUGACAAGGAGGAGGCAUUGGCUGAGAACCCCCAAGGCCCCGAGCCUACCUCGAAGGCCGCCUCCAAGGAGCGCUCACGUCAGAUCAGCGAGGAGGCCGUGGCUUUCCGGAACGCCAGGGGGCAGGGGAACGCCAGGCCGAGGAGAGGGCCCAGGGAGGGCAGGCGCUGGGCCGCCGAGGCGGAGGACGCCGUGGGCAAGCUGCGGCUGAAGCCCUCCCAGCCCAGGCCCAACUGCUGGUCCGUGGUCUGGCCCCAGCCGGACUUCCAGCCACCAGGCAGCACCCGGCAGGAGCAGGAGGCCGCCGGACGGCUCGGAUUUGAGGCCCAGCCCAGGUCGGCCGCCCCUCAGCAGAGCCACGCCGAGCAGAAGAAGGACUCCAGGGCCUCGAGGCCUAGCGAGCCUCAAGGUAGACCCCGAGGGGCCAGGGGCAAUUAUCUCCACAAGAGCACGGCUGAGGAGACACGAGCAGCUCGGCCAGAGGCAGGGGUCAACCGGCAGGGCAGCGGCCCUAGCCUCCAGGACAAAAUUAACCGUGUACAAGAGGCGGUACAUGGUGUUACCACAGAGGAAUGUCGAGGAGCCUUACAAAUCACCAACUUUGACGUACAGAAGGCGAUCCAACAUUUAAAGGUCCAACUACUUUACGACAUGAGUCAGAAAUCCCAAGAGGAAUGCCAACAUAUCCUGCAGGAUUUCAAAUGGAGCCUGGAGAACGCCAGCCAGUACGUGCUGAGGAAGAAGUUGAAACCCUGACCAUCCCGUAAGGAAUCUAAGGAACUUGGCAGGAACCUGGAUUCAGUGGGUGCAACGGAGACCAGAAUUUUAAGGACAUUUUAUGGGGUGGAUGGUUAUCCAAGUUUGAGCAGCGAUUGUACGGGCGAGCUGAGAGACGCAGUUUUCUUGUAGCAACCUACGUGCUGAUUGGUUGGAUCCUAUGCAAAGACCUUCAGUGUUCGGUAGCGGACUCACGCCAGCUGCAUAGGGGGUAAAUGACCCCCCUCAUCUCCUUUUACCCAACUCCACCAAACUGUUGGAAGUAAGCUUCAGUGGUUUUGGACUCAGUUCCUGUGAUGUGAUCGGUCUGGACUUAUGCGGGGGUAAGAUGAGACAGGAUUGCUACUUGUUCGUAUGACCCAGUCACGUGAUCUAGGAAGUCACCUGAUUCGAAGGGCAAGGCCGUGAACAGAACAGCUUCACUUCUCCAUGGAUUGGAGCAUCUGGAUGCACUGGGAUGGGGAAUAUGAAUUGGGAACGCCCCAUGUCUGGGCCAUGUGUCGAGAACCCUCAUACCCAACUCUCAAUAAAACAUUCCUCCAGCCAAA